GGGCGCGCGGAGUCACGUGAGUCAAGCGACCUCGCGCGAUUUUUUUUUUGUAUUUCUCGCGAGACUUCAGCACUUCUGUCUUCCUCCUUCCAGUGCCCGGCUUUCCUCCCCUCCCCCUCGCCACCGACCGAAUUUUUCCUUUUCAGACUGAGUCGCCUUGUUGUCGCCGCGGAUAUUUUCCUGCUACUGCUGCUGCUGCCGCCGCCACUACCAUUGGGCUCAUUUGCCCCGACCCCUUCCCGCCGCCCCGCCCCCAGCCCCACACAAGAUGUCAGAGGAUUUAGCAAAGCAGCUGGCAAGCUACAAAGCUCAACUACAGCAAGUUGAAGCUGCAUUAUCUGGAAAUGGAGAAAAUGAAGAUUUGCUAAAAUUGAAGAAAGAUUUACAAGAAGUUAUAGAACUAACCAAAGACCUUCUGUCAACUCAGCCUUCUGAGACGCUUGCAAGUUCAGACAGUUUUGCUUCUACUCAGCCUACUCAUUCAUGGAAAGUAGGAGACAAGUGUAUGGCAAUCUGGAGUGAAGAUGGACAGUGUUAUGAAGCGGAGAUUGAGGAGAUAGAUGAAGAAAAUGGCACCGCUGCAAUCACCUUUGCUGGUUAUGGCAAUGCUGAAGUGACUCCACUGUUGAACCUCAAGCCUGUAGAAGAAGGAAGGAAGGCAAAGGAGGACAGUGGCAACAAACCCAUGUCAAAAAAAGAAAUGAUUGCUCAGCAGCGUGAAUAUAAAAAGAAGAAAGCUUUGAAAAAAGCUCAGAGAAUAAAAGAACUUGAGCAGGAAAGAGAGGACCAGAAAGUGAAAUGGCAACAAUUCAACAACAGAGCCUAUUCUAAAAACAAAAAAGGCCAGGUAAAGAGGAGUAUUUUUGCUUCACCUGAGAGUGUGACUGGCAAAGUUGGAGUAGGAACUUGUGGAAUUGCUGAUAAACCUAUGACACAAUAUCAAGAUACCUCUAAAUACAAUGUCAGGCAUUUGAUGCCUCAAUAAUCAGAAAAACUGUUGGAUUUCAUCUCUUCAGGGCUUUACAUUUACCUUUUUAUCCUUAUAUUUUUCUAAAGGUAAAUUAUUUGUUAGAUGAGUAAGCAAGAUACCAUUGUCGUCAUUGGUUGACUUCAAUAGAAUGAAACGUGAAGAAAUUGCAAUUGAUAACUGGUAUUCAUUUAACUUUUCUUCUUACUACUACCACAGUUCCCUCAAAGUUUGUUGAAUAAAGCAACUUUUGUAGAUGCUGCUUCAUACAGUACUUAGAUGAGCUGUUGAUCGUCCUAAUACCAGGCCCCCCCACUUAACCUAUGGUAUGUACUUUUUGUAAGUUGUAACUUGGAAUUUUCAGAUGCUUUGAACUUGACACAUACUCUAGCAAUUCAUUGGAACACCAAGGCAAAAAACACCAACCUGCUAAAGAGAUCCUUUCCUUUUUCUUAUUUUUAAUUUUAAAACUUAGCUGUCAUUCAGUUAAGCCUAAAUAUAGGUUAAUUUGUAAAUGGCAAAGUUUGUUUUGAGGUUUUUCCUCAGUUGUUUCCUAGGCCUAUUGGGCCAUCUCUAAAAUUGAUCUAGCUCUUUUAUUUUUAUGUACUCUUAGUUUUAUGUAAGAAACCAUGUUUAGGAUGAGCUCCCUUUUCUAAGGUGUUUUUGGUUUUUGUAUGUUUGCUUUUUUCCUUUUUUUUCAUUUUCGGCAGUGGUACCAUGUUUUGGAUGUGUAAUGUUUAUAUGGGAGAACAAAAAGCUGAUGUAUAGCCCUGUAUACAGUGUAGAUACUAUUUUUGUAAAAACACAAGGCUAAAUUAAUGAGCAAGAGUACUGAAUGUUUCAUCAUUAAAUAUUUCUCGUAUUUCUUGUGCAUUAAUCUGACCAUAAUUUCCCUGUAUAUUAUGUUCAUUUAGCUGAGUUUGUAAUUUUUGUUAAUUAGAUCAAGUCUGCAUUUGUUGGUGUAAGUAAACAUCACAGUUAUCCUGAGUUGAGUUUAAGCCAAAUACAUGCAUAGAAAAGGGUCUUCCUAUUAAUGGAAGAAGGUGAUUUUUAGGAUGUGUAUUAAUUUCAGUUUUGUAUGUUUAACUUUUAUUAAAUAAAGUGUUUUUAAAAUCUC